AUGCCACAAAAAUCCAAAAAUAUACAAAUGUUCGGAUCUAGUAGUAAAGUGAUAUUCAUAAGUGCCUUGGGCUUCCUGCUGGGAAUAUGCGGUAUUUUAUGUGGCAUGUUUUGGGAACAAAUAUUCGAUUCCAUAUUAAAUAAGGAAAUGGCCCUUCGACCAGAUUCCGUGAUCUACAGCCGAUGGAAAAAUCCGCCAUUAGAUUUAAAUUUAGAUAUCUAUUUAUAUAAUUGGACAAAUCCCGAAGAUUUUGGAAAUUCUUCGGUGAAACCGAUUUUAGAACAAUGUGGACCAUAUCGAUUUCGUGAGAAACCCGACAAAGUCGAUAUCAAUUGGCAUCCGGAAAAUGCUUCGGUGACAUAUCGUCGGAAAAGUUUAUAUUAUUUUGAUGCUGCUGGCAGCAAUGGUAGUUUGGAUGAUAUGAUUGUUACCCUGAAUGCUGUGGCCUUGUCUGCAGCGGCAAAAACUAAACACUGGGAUGCCAUGAAUGCGCGAUUGGUAAAUGUGGGCCUGAAGAUGUAUCAACAAGAAGUGUCUGUGACAAAGACUGUCGAUGAAUUGUUGUUUACCGGUUACAGUGAUGAUAUGAUGACCGCGGCCCGUACCAUGACACAUUUGUUCGGUACGAAGGUGGAGGUGCCAUUCGAUAAAUUUGGUUGGUUUUAUACGCGCAAUGGCAGUGCUGAACUGACGGGUGUCUUUAAUGCCUAUACAGGGGUGGAUGAUAUCAACCUCAUGGGCCAAAUGCAUACAUGGAAUUAUAAAACCCAUAGCGGCUUCUUUGAAUCCCAUUGUGGCAUGAUCAACGGUUCGGCUGGAGAAUUUUAUCCUAAGAACUUGACGCCCGAUAGUAUUGUGGGUCUAUUUACCCCAGAUAUGUGCCGUACAGUGCCUUUGGAAUAUUCGGAAGAUGUUGAAAUUGAAGGAAUUAAAGGUUAUAAAUAUUCCGGUGGGCCCAGGGCUGUAGAUAAUGGUACCUUAUAUCCCGAAAAUCAAUGUUUCUGCGGAGGGGAAUGUGUACCCUCAGGUCUCAUGAAUGUUUCGGCCUGUCGUUUUGGUACACCUGCAUUUAUGUCCUUCCCCCACUUCUAUCAAGCUGAUCCCUAUUAUGUCGACCAAGUAGAGGGUCUGGAACCCAACAAAGAGAAGCAUGAAUUCUAUAUGAUUUUGGAACCCAAAACAGGAUUGACUUUGGAAGUGGCUGCACGGUUUCAAGUGAAUAUGUUGGUAGAACCCUUAAAGGAUGUGAGUUUAUACGAAGAUGUACCACGCAUAUUCUUCCCCCUGAUUUGGUUCGAGCAGAAGGUACGCAUCACACCCGAAUUGGCAUCCGAAUGGAAAAUUAUUCCCCGAGUCCUAUUGGGUGGCCAAAUAUUUGCCGGUGUGCUGUUUGCAAUUGGUGUCAUAAUGUUGGCCUGGUAUCCCAUGAAGCACCUAUGUUCGAUGCGUAAAAAUCGUCGUGGCAAUUCUACAAAUAAAAUCCAUAGCAAUGAAAAUGGUGUGGCUGAAUUGAAAUCUAUGCAAGGACCCGAACAAUCACCACUAUUAGAGAAGACAAUAAAACCCAUAACGAUAACAGAAUCGAAUGGUAAAAAGGAAUGA